ACUUAAACCUCGCCAUUAAAAUACACUCUAGUCUAGGGUUUAUCAUCGUUAUGUUGAUUCUUUCACAGGGUUCAACAAUGGCGACCUUCAUCUCCACAACGCCAAAAUUAUCCGUCUCUCAAAUCACUUCCAGAUCUUCAAACCUCUCUCCUCCUCUCCUCCAUUUCACUUCUAAAUGGUCUGAUUUCCAUUCAAAUACCUCAUUUUCCUUUCCAUCCUCUAAGUCCCUCCUCAGAACCACCAUUUCCUGCUCCCAAUCAUCCUCCGCCGUACCAUCUCCCUCUCCCGCCGCCCCUCGCCGCCGCCGUCCAGAGUACAUACCUAACCACAUCCCAGACCCUUUCUAUGUUCGUGUCUUUGAUACUACUCUCCGCGAUGGCGAACAGUCUCCCGGCGCCACUCUCACCUCCAAGGAAAAGCUUGACAUCGCUCGCCAUCUUUCGAAGCUCGGCGUCGACAUAAUAGAAGCUGGAUUUCCUGCGGCAUCUAAUGAUGAUUUUGAGGCUGUGAAAACCAUUGCUAAAGAAGUGGGUAAUGCGGUGGAUGAUGAGGGAUACGUACCGGUUAUUUGUGGAUUGUCGAGGUGCAAUGAGAAGGACAUCAAAACUGCCUGGGAGGCUGUGAAGUAUGCCAAGAGGCCGAGGAUUCACACGUUCAUUGCGACGAGUGAGAUCCAUAUGCAGUACAAGUUGAGGAAGAGUAAAGAGGAGGUGGUGGAGAUCGCUACAAAUAUGGUUAAGUUUGCUAGGAGUUUGGGUUGUGAUGACGUCGAAUUUAGCCCUGAAGAUGCUGGCAGAUCUGACAGAGAGUUCUUGUACCAUAUUUUGGGUGAAGUUAUCAAGGCCGGUGCUACAACUCUUAACAUUCCUGAUACUGUUGGUAUAACGCUGCCUAGUGAAUUUGGACAGUUGAUUGCUGAUAUAAGAGCUAAUACGCCUGGAAUUGAAAAUGUCAUUAUUUCAACACACUGCCAAAAUGAUCUUGGACUUUCUACGGCUAACACCUUAGCAGGGACAUAUGCAGGUGCCAGACAAGUGGAAGUAACAGUCAAUGGAAUUGGUGAAAGAGCUGGUAAUGCUUCAUUGGAGGAGGUUGUAAUGGCUAUAAAAUGUCGUGGAGAGCAUGUUUUAGGAGGUCUUUAUACUGGAAUUAAUUCUAAACACAUCACUAUGGCAAGCAAGAUGGUGGAAGAAUAUACUGGUUUGCACGUGCAGCCACACAAGGCAAUUGUUGGAGCUAAUGCUUUUGCUCAUGAAAGUGGCAUACAUCAGGAUGGAAUGCUAAAACAUAAAGGUACUUAUGAGAUUAUGUCCCCUGAAGAUAUUGGGCUUGAACGAGCCAAUGAUGCUGGGAUUGUCCUUGGAAAACUUAGUGGUCGCCAUGCUUUGAAAGAUCGACUCAAAGAGCUUGGUUAUGAGUUGAGUGAUGAGCAACUUGGCAAUAUCUUUUGGCGCUUCAAGUCUGUUGCUGAAAACAAAAAGAGAGUUACUGAUGCUGACCUGUUAGCAUUAGUAUCAGAUGAAGUUUUUCAGCCAGAAAUUGUAUGGCAGCUUGGUGAUCUGCAGAUUACUUGCGGAACACUUGGUCUCUCUACUGCAACUGUUAAGCUCAUUGAUGCCAAUGGUGAACAGCACAUUGCAUGUUCAGUUGGAACUGGGCCAGUAGAUGCAGCAUACAAGGCAGUUGAUCUCAUUGUGAAGGAACCUGUUGAACUCCUUGAAUACUCAAUGACUGCUGUUACUGGAGGCAUUGAUGCUAUAGCCACAACCCGAGUUUUAAUUUGUGGUGACAACCAUAAAAUUGAUGCUAUAACAGGUGAACCAUCUCGACGGACAUUCAGUGGAUCUGGUGCUGGAAUGGACAUUGUUGUUUCAAGUGUGAAGGCCUAUAUUGGUGCAUUGAAUAAGAUGUUAGCUGUUAAUAGCCAGCAGUUGUCGACGACAAAAACGGUUUCUACAGUUAGGACUCCAGUCUCUGCAUGAUCCUGUAAAAAUGGGGAGAAUGUUAGCUACAGUUGCUGUUUACAGUUCGGACUCUCUAAUGGUCUUUGGCUUCAUUUUCUUGAAUAAUUUGUAUUUUAAUUUGAGAUUUUAUCUACGGAGUGAAAUGUUCAGGGGCUCGUUUUUUGUUUUUAUUA